AGAUAUUACGACCAUGAAUGCCUUGUGAAUCAUGACGUGAAAUUGAGCAACAUGGUUUAACCGCGUCAGAUGCUGUUUCCUGGCCAGACAACAGCGCUUUGUUCGUUUAAAGUGUAUACAUCAAUCAACGAACGAUGAUGGAGAUUUUAUUUUUGGACUACUUACUAUCAAAACAAGGAAUUCUGAAGAUAGCUCAGCUCGUGAUUCUCCUGGUAGCGUUCGCUUGCGUUCGCUCGACGUGGUACAACAGCAUUUACGCGUACGGUUUCUAUGAAGGGGUCACGCUGGGUUACUCCGUCACAAUUGUCCUUUACCUGUUACUGACUGUCUUUGGGCUUCAAAAAAAGGCAUCAUUUGUGAACUGGCUCAUAGCCGAGUUUGUGCUCGAUACACUGGGAUUCAUCUUCAUCUCCACUGGAUCCAUAAUAGCUGCUUUGAAGUCUUUUGAAGUCCCCGUUCUGAUUGCCGCCUCAGUAUGUGGUCUUCUGGUCUCAUAUCUCUUAGUUGGUAGUGUGAUACUGUCAUUUGUUGCCACUCAACGCCCACAACCUGCGGAUCCAUCAGUAUAAAAACCGUGUUUGAUAUUUGUAGUGCUCCUUGUGAAAUAUCAAUACUCGUCUCAACACUUGACAGCAUGGAUGGGGAAUUGAUAUGAAUGGGAUAUGAUAUGGGUAUGGUUGUUUCAGUAAAUUUACAUGGAAUAUAAAAGACUAUCACAAUAUCACUUUUUGCACUCAUUUUUUGUUUGUUUGUGUGUGGCCAGGACAACAC